UUGGAUUGGUUGCCGAGCUUCCUCGUUCUGCGAUGGCGGCGCGAGGUUUGCGGCCUCGUGAGCUGCGUUUCGUCAGCGACAAUGAUGUGUUGGGGCACGUCUCGGAGAGAGCACCGGGCACUAAGGUGCAGAACAAUGUGACCCGGCUAUUUGUCAAGGCGAAAUCAGUUUCCAGUCAGUGGAAGGAGACACAAGAAGACGGGGAGAGUACAGAGAGAUUCAACGAGCAGGAUUACAUUGAGGCCCUUGGAGUAGACAGCGCAGGUGUUGAAUACUUUGCAGAUUACCCCAGAAUUUCAGGCGAUGCAGUGCCUACAGCGGGUGGUGAUGUCUUUACCUUUCAGAGCAUCAAAAGGGGAAACAAGAUGGCAAAGAAGGCCUCUGAACUUGCUCACACCCCCGGGAAAAGUGUAGCAUUCUGUGUGACUAACAGCCCAUCAACAGCGGACAAAAGUGGGAAGAAUGGACAAUCGAUCCAGACCAAGACCCCCACAAAGGGUAAGAAGCAGUUUGUGUCCACCACCCCCUACAGACUGAGGAAAAGGCUGAUUGAAUCACCUGGCCUCAGCAGUGAGAGUGAUUACUCAUCUUCUGACUCUGAGAAUGAAGAGGAUAACUCCCUGGAAGGAGACUGUAAUCAGAGGCCUGUGCAUGAAGCAUUGACGUUAGGCGUGGCUCCAACUCCCAGCAAGAAAUCUGCAAAACCUUCCCAGCCAAGUGUUGUUGAUCUAUACUUCGAAGCUCACAGUAAUUCGAAAGUCCUGACCUCUGACCGUACCUUACAGAAGCUGCAGAACCCAAAAUUGGACCAGGAGACCUUGGUGAGGUUGCUGAGGGAUGACAGGUUGCCUUUCUCAACUGAGGUCAGACAGCUGAACAAGGGACACAGAAACUUUUUUCUCAAAUGGAUGCUGCAAACACAACUGGGGUUCAGCAUUCUAUUGUAUGGACUUGGCUCCAAGAGGGAAUUGCUGGAAGAGUUCCGCUCUCAGAUGCUGGAGGGCUCUGUCCACUUGGUGGUGAAUGGAUUCUUUCCAAGUAUCACUCUUAAAUCUAUUCUGAACUCUAUCACAGAAGAGGUUUUGCAAUCUGAGGGAAGCUUCCGAAACCCCAUGGACCAAUUGAGAUUCAUUACCAGGGCGUUUAAUGAGGAUCCCUCAUUGGAUCUUUAUCUUCUAAUCCAUAAUAUUGAUGGGCAGAUGUUACGUGGGGAACGGAACCAGCAGAUAUUAAGCCAACUUGCAGCUAUCCCUGGUGUCCACCUCCUCGCCUCCAUUGAUCACCUGAAUUCUCCUCUAAUGUGGGAUCAGACGCAGAGCUGUCUCUUUAACUGGCUGUGGUAUGAAGUAACGACCUUUAAGCCCUACACAGAGGAGACUUCGUUUGAAAACUCGCUACUGGUUCAACAGUCGGGAGUCUUGGCUUUGAGCUCAUUGAUUCAUGUAUUGCGCAGCCUCACUCCCAAUGCCAGGGGAAUAUUUAAACUUUUGGCUCGGUUCCAGUUGGAGAACAAGGAUAACUCAUCUUACCCAGGUUUGUCCUUUCAGGAUUUCUAUCAUCGCUGUCGUGAGGCCUUCUUAGUGAACAGCAACCUCACUUUGCGAGCACAGCUUACUGAAUUCAGAGAUCAUAAACUGAUCAGGAGUAAAAAGGGUGCUGAUGGCGUUGAAUAUCUUGACAUCCCUGUUGACUUUGCAACACUGAGUGACUACCUUGAAAUGGAAGUUAAGAAAUCAUAGAUUGAAGAGAGAUACUCCACAGGAUAUAGAGUUACAGGAAAACAAUGGAUGUCCGUCACUCAAAUUGGUUCAGCAGUUCCUAUUUGCUGUGAAGGGUCAUAUGAGAGUGACUUUUGUCUUGCAUCUGUUGGGUGCGUUAGUCAUCCAUUUAUUGCCUAUGUGACUAAUUAACAGCUUGCAAGUUCCUGAAGUGCAAGGCGCCUCCUUGUUCAUGGAGUGGAUGAAGUGGGAAUUUGUGGUUAGAGCAAUCCAAGACUUUCUUUCUCAGGAAGUGUUUUCUGUGGAUAGUUUUAUGGGUGUCUGUUGCGUGAGGAACUUCCUGCAGUCUCCUGUUCUUCAGUUCACCUUCCUGUUGACAGUACAGCUACAUUUAGAAUUUUGUUUUUAAAAAAUAUAUAUAUUAAAGAUUUCAAACUAUA